CGGCGGGUCAGACAGAGAUUUGAGUCGGACAAAGCUCAGUUUUGGUAGACUGACAGUGAACCAACUUUGUGGAGUAUUAUGGAGGAUGGUAUAGAGAUGCUUCUUCUGGACGAGCCCACAAGGUUUUUACUGAGUCAUGAGCCAAAUCCCCGCUUGAACAUGUUAAUAGGUGGAACACUUACUAGUGUCUAUGGAUUAUGGGCAAUGUUUGCAUUACCUGGAUUCCGGAAAGUGCCAUUUAAGUUAAAGGUACCAUUUGUACCUUCAAGUAAGGUACAGACACGGAAUGUAAUGAAACUUCUGGAGGGACGCAAAGGAAGGCUGGCUGAUCUUGGAUCUGGGGAUGGAAGGCUGGUCAUUAAUGCCGCGUCCAUGGGGUUUCAAAGUACAGGCUUUGAGAUAAACUCUGUUCUCUUAGCCUAUGCCAGAAUUCAAGCGAGGUGGAAGAGAAUUCCAUCUAGUGAGGCCAACUUUGUAAACAAGGACUUCUGGAGGACAGAUCUGUCAAGAUACAAUAAUGUGACAGCUUUUCUAUCGCCAAGUACGAUGGAACCUCUGGAGGUAAAGCUAGUGUCAGAGCUACCAGACGAUGCCAGAGUGAUUGUGUGUCGCUUCCCUUUCCCUCACUGGAAACCCACAAGCUCUGAAGGCACAGGGCUGGAUCAGGUUUGGGCAUAUGAUGUACAGAGUGUCCGGAAUCGCCCUACACAAAAUGGCUGUUCAGUAGAGAUGGGGAACCCAAUGGUAACAUUUUCAUAAUGUCUGUGAGUUAUGACACUAGUCGCCUGGAAACUAGCUGGAGAUGAGUUGUAAGCACCAAAAGCUCCCAGGGAAGAAGCAUCGGAUGUGUCCUGCGACAAGUACUUUUGAGCUGUGGUUGAUUGGUAGGUAUUGUUUUCCAUGCUGGUCCUUGAACUGUGGAACACACUGGGAAUCCAUCUAAAAUUGCGUUUCCAAAGGAAAAAGGCCAGGCUGCAAAUUAGCAGUAUUGAAACAAUUAUGGGUACAUAGACUGCUAUCAAAUU